AUAGGAAUUCCAGGAUGACUUAUCCCACCUUAUUCUUUUCCUCGCGAGUCAAACACGGUAGGGAUUCUCGGUAACUAUGCCGGUAUCUUGGCUUUCUCGGUGAUCUUGCAAAAUCGAAUCAAGAAGAGAGAGAGAUGGACAGGACGAGAGCGACGCUGUUGUACAUGCUCCUCUGUAUAGCGCUUUUUGGACGGGGGACAAUUACACUGGGAAAUCAGGACACAGAAGGAUAUGCAGCUAAAAGAACACAGAAGCAAGAAGAACAGCAUACUCAUGAAGUACAUUGCUCCAGAGAAAGAAGUAGAGCAGCUUGGAAAAUUAUUGAGGAGUAUCUGAUGCCCUUUGUGGAACGAGAGAAGUAUGAGAUUUCAAGAAACUGUAGACUCCAUCCUGAAAAUGACUUCUUUAGAGAUCAGGAGCAGCACAAGAUCCCUGUGGACAUAAAUGAAUGGCGCUGCGGAUACUGUAAGAAAAUCUUCCAAGCAGAGAAAUUUCUCGAUCAGCAUUUUGACAGCAGACACUAUGAUCUCUUGAAUAGUCAUAGCAAGUGCUUAGCAGAUCUAUGUGGGGCGCUGCACUGUGACCUUGUGGUGGACUCAAAUUCAAAGUUAAGUAAAACCAAAUGUAAUACAGCAGCUGCUGCAAGGAAUCACCACUUAUGUGAGAGUCUUGCGAGUAGUUGUUUCCCCGUCAAUCAUAGUCCCUCCGCAAACCGUCUUCAUGAAUUGUUUUUGCGGCAAUUCUGUGAUGCUCACACUUGCUCAGGAGGACGAAAACCCUUUUCCAGAGGCAGGAGGAAGCAAACAAGCAUUCUCUACUUGGCUAUUUCAAUCCUGACCCUGAUGUUGCUCCCUAUCUUCUACGUCAUUGUCUAUUUGUACCAGAGAGAAAAUAGAAAAGGUACCCAAGUACUGAAGCGCAUCUCACAACUGGGACAAAAAGCAAAGCCCUCUUAGCUGGCCAAGCUCUUGGAUUGUCCAUCAGUAAGAAGACAUGGGUUCUGAUAGAAAUUUUUGAUUGAAGGGAUUUGCCAAGUUGAAGGUCCUUGUAAUGCAUUCUCCUGUAUGUGUGUGUAUGCCGAUUGAUACCUCUCCAGCUAGAAGAUUACUACGGCAACUUGAUCGUCUUUUGCAAGGUCUGACUUCCCAGAUCUCAAGAUUAUGCUCUGUUAUAAAGAAGGAAAAAAACGAAAGUCAUAUGUACAUGUAUUUUGUGAUAAAUAUGCUUCACCAAUUCUUAUUAUCAAUAGUGAUGUGGCCCUCUGUGUGAUCCGAAAGCAA